AUGAAGAUCCUUUUAUUGUUUUUAUUUGUAGGAUUUUUAGAGGUUUUAACUCAAAAGCAGACAUUUGAAGGAUACAAAGUCUAUAAGAUAAAUCCAAAAACUGAAAAUGAUGUAGAAUUUAUAAAGAAAUUACAAAACAAUGGCAUUGGUGAGUUGUGGGAAGACCAAGUUCAUGUUAACUAUGAAGCAAGAGUUAUGGUCCCACCGGAAAAUGUACAACUUUUCCUAGAAAAUAUAAAAGAAGAAAAGAUAGACGCUCAAGAAUUGAUAAGCGAUAUGCAAAGGAUAAUAGAUAAUCAACUAUUGCCAGAUGUAAUAUCUCGGAAUUCAGCGAAUACCUCUUUACUUUCUAUGACUUGGGAUCGUUACCAUAAUUUGGAUGAUAUUAAUAAAUGGCUGGAUGAGUUAGUGAUUAACUAUCCAGGAAUCGUAAGAAAUGUUACAAUGGGUACAUCAUUUGAAAAUAGGGAAAUAAGAGGAAUCGUUAUCAAUUAUAAGCCUGAUAGAGAAGAAAAACUUAUUGGUAUGUUAGAAGGGACUUUGCAUGCGAGAGAAUGGAUUUCGACAGCCGUAGUAAAUUGGAUUAUUAAAGAACUUUUGACAAGCACAGAUCCCGUAAUAAGGAGUAUGGCUGAGAAUAUAGAAUGGCAUAUAUUUCCAGUGGUCAAUCCUGAUGGAUAUGUAUACACAUUUACUACUAACAGAAUGUGGAGAAAAAAUCGUAAUACUCGUAAUUUCACAUCAUGCGGUGCUGUGUCAGACGACAUGAGCAAUGGAAUUGAUCUUAACAGGAAUUUCGACUUUGCUUGGAGAACCGUGGGAUUCUCAAGUGAUCCUUGUUCAAAUACGUUUGCGGGUUCUGCCGCGGCGUCAGAACCAGAAACUCAGGCUAUAGAAAAUUAUGUUCGGAGUAUCAAAGAUCAAGGGAAGUUCAUUUACUACUACUCCUUUCAUUCCUACACACAGGUUAUAAUAGUACCCUACAGUAAUGGGACAAGUGCUGAUGUGUUGCAAGCCGAUAAUUAUGCUGACAUGUUUGAAAUAGCGGCUAGAGGAGCGGCGAAGGCUAAAGAGCGUUAUGGUACAGUCUACAGAGUUGGAAUUGCAGCAGAUGUAUUAUAUGUAAUGAGUGGAAGCAGCUUCGACUGGGUGAAACAAGAGACUGGUGUUUCAGUUAGCUACCUUAUCGAACUGCGAGACACGGGUGAUUUCGGUUUCCUUUUACCCGCCUCACAAAUUAUUCCCAAUAGUUUGGAAAUUGUGGACAGCUUAAUUGAAAUGGAUAAAGUAACAAGGCGACUAGGAUAUUACUCGGGAGCAAGUUCAUUUGUUUCCUCCUUAAGUUUAAUAAUUGUCUGUGUAUUGGUAUAUGUAUAA